UUCUUCUCUUCUUUGCCAUCUUCAUUCCACUCUAUAAUGGCCGCUCUUGUCAGAUUGUUUUCCCCGCCACCACCUCUACCAACCAAGAUCAGUCAACUCUUCCAUGCAUCCACCCCUCCAUUUGCUUUCCCAAAACCCCAUCACACAAGAAAGAGACUUUCCAGAGUGCACAGCAGCAAGUAUGGGAAUUUCCUGGACUUGAAACCAGAGCCACAACCUGAAGUGUUGGAUUUUGAUCUGCCCCGGCUGGACCCGAGCAGCCGGUCUCGGGUGGAUGUGAUCGUCAUCGGAACAGGGCCUGCUGGUCUUCGUUUAGCUGAGCAAGUGUCACAGUAUGGAAUCAAGGUAUGUUGUGUUGAUCCUUCACCUCUUUCUAUGUGGCCAAAUAACUAUGGUGUUUGGGUUGAUGAGUUUGAGAGUCUGGAGCUUGAAAGUUGCUUAGACAAAACGUGGCCUAUGGCUUGUGUUCAUAUUAAUGAUAGUAAGACUAAGUAUUUGGAUCGUCCUUAUGGUCGGGUCAGUAGGAAGAAGCUCAAGAAAUUGUUGAUGGAGAGGUGUCACUCCAAUGGAGUCAAAUUUCACAAGGCUAAGGUUUGGAAAAUUGAGCACAAAGAGUUUGAGUCUUCGAUUUUGUGUGAUGAUGGGAAUGAGUUGAAGGCAAGCUUAGUUGUUGAUGCUAGUGGUUUUGCCAGCAGUUUCAUAGAGUAUGAUAAGCCAAGGAACCAUGGCUAUCAGAUUGCUCAUGGUAUUUUGGCUGAAGUGGAGGGUCACCCUUUCGAUUUGGAUAAGAUGGUUCUUAUGGAUUGGAGGGACUCCCAUCUAGGAAAUGAACCUUACUUGCGUACUGAUAAUUCUAGGUUCCCCACUUUUCUGUAUGCAAUGCCAUUUGAUUCCAACUUGGUAUUCUUGGAAGAGACUUCACUGGUAAGUAGGCCGGUUUUAUCUUACAUGGAGAUUAAGAAAAGAAUGGUGGCAAGGCUAAGGUAUUUGGGAAUUAGAGUGAAAAGAGUGCUGGAGGUUGAGAAGUGUUUGAUUCCGAUGGGAGGUCCUCUUCCUCGGAUACCUCAAAGCGUUAUGGCAAUCGGAGGCACGUCCGGGAUUGUCCACCCUUCAACUGGUUACAUGGUAGCUCGGACAAUGGCGCUAGCACCAGUACUAGCUGAGGCCAUCGUUGAGUGCCUUGGUUCGACUCGAAUGAUCAGAGGAAAGUCACUUCAUGAACGAGCUUGGAAUGGUUUGUGGACAAGUGAGAGGAAACGUGCAAGGCAAUUCUACUCUUUUGGGAUGGAGACUUUGUUGAAGCUUGAUCUUAAUGGAAGUAGAAGGUUUUUUGAUGCUUUCUUUGACUUGGAUCCUUAUUACUGGCAAGGAUUUCUCUCCUCAAGGUUGUCGCUUAGAGAGCUUGCCUUGUUGAGUUUAUCUCUGUUUGGCCAUGCCUCAUUUCCGUCUAAGUUUGAUAUUGUAUCCAAGUGUCCUGUGCCCUUGGUUAAAAUGAUUGGUAAUAUAGCACUAGAAACCAUUUAACAUUGUAUGAGAGGAAUUACCUGCA